AGCAGUCAGUGCUCUUAACCUCUGAGCCACCUCUCCAGCCCUCUUUUUUUUUUUUCAGUAACUUUAAGUAUUAUAGUUCAACCAAGAAGUUUUAUUUUUGAGACAGGAUCUUAUUAUAUAUCCCAAGCUGGCCUCAAAUUUAUGGCAGUCCUCCCAAGUGCUGGGAUUACAUGCGCGAGCCCUAGGUUCUGUUUCAGCAAAGGGUUAAAUUUUGUACAGAGUUCUCUAGACGGCUCUCAUCCUUCUUGGGUCGUCUCUUCAGAUGCAUCCUUCCCUCAGCUCAGCAAGUGAGAGCUCUAGCUUUCUCUGAUUUGGUGUGCUAUCUCUCCAGUCCUCCAGCCCACUCCGGCUCCUUUCCUCACAGUCUAGUGGUGGUGUCUCUCUUCCCCCAGGCUUGCUCAUAUAUGACUGUCUCUCAUGCUCUCGGAAGCGUUAUGUCCAGAAAGGAUGCAUUCAGUAAAACUGACCCUAGAAAGUUGACUCAAAACCCAAAUCACAUUUAUUUCAGAAGAGCAGCUACUCCUCCAGUCUGGGGCUCAGAGCAGCUUAGCACACUUGCUGGGUUUCCAAGCAUUAAGACUCACGCCAGAUGCAAAGGUAAACUCUUGGCACAUGAUUAUUAAGAGAGUAGAAGAUAGGCCAAGACAAAGAAGUCAUGAUUUAGCAGGCUGGAGGGAAGGCAUCAGAACUGUUCAUAGCUCUGGCUGGAAAGUGGUCAGGAAGAUGGGAAGGAGGGAAAGGGCAGAACUCAGUGAACUGAAGUUUGAACCUGAGUUGAGUCUCCAGUAAGGAGCAUGUGAUGGAAACACAGAGAUGUCCGGGAUCCUUGGCAGUGGUUAGGGUGUGUGGGGUUACAUGUGAUAUGUUUGGUAGAAUAUAAAGAAUAUGGCAGGGAGAAGCAACAGGAGAGAGACGGUACAGGCAGUCGUACUAUCUUUCACACCCUUGGGCUCCCAUUAUUUUCUGCCAUAGAACCCAAGGGAAAGAUUCACACUAUCAUUUUAAGUCCUCAGGGUGAAAAGAUGAUGUCUGUGCUACUGGGGUUACACAUUUCUCCCUGAGUGUCAUGAAGAGAGAGGCAGUUGAUGCGGGCCAGAUCUCUUCCAUAGUUAACGCUGCUUUUACAGCUGCCUGGAGGGCGGGACAGUUGAUGGCUUUCAUUAAGAACGCAUUCGGCUCCUUUCCAGAUUUACCAGGCAGUGUCUAGGAAAUUGCCUCAGAAUUACAAAUUUCUCCUGAGUCCCUUGGGCUGUGUUUGCACCCCCACCCUCUCCUCUUUCCUUUGGUAAGCUCCUCACAUCUGGAUCAAGUCUUGUUUCCUGACCAGAAACUGAAGCGGCACAUAGAAGAUCUUACCUUUCAGUACAGAGAUCUAUCAGAGAGCUCAAGAGCUCUUCCCUGUGCUCAGUCUAAAACCAGGAGCCGGGAAGAACGGGUCUAAAAGCAGAAAAUGGACACUCUCUACCUGAAAUCCGACAGCAAGACAAGGAAAGAAAGAUAGCGCUUUUCAACCUCUAGAGAUGAAACCAGCUGUGGCAACGUGGCCUGCCUCUGAGUCGCCGAAGAAAGCAGAGGUAACACGGCAGCCCUGACCUACACAGUGUGAUUUCUGUAAAAGCUGGAGGGAGGAUGGACACUGGAUGAGCCCCGAAGGUCACGAAGCUGCUCUGUCCAGCGUUUCCCACGCACACAGAGGUGGGAGAGAUCACAAUGGCUCCAUGUGGGAACCACAGCGAUGGGACUACAGAGUUUGUCCUGGCCGGCUUCCCGAACCUGAACAGCACAGGCGUGGAACUGUUUUCUGUGUUCUUUCUAAUUUAUCUGCUGACUCUAACAGGGAACGUGCUGAUUGUGGGGGUAGUAGGCGCCGAUCAGCGUCUGCAGACGCCCAUGUAUUUCUUCCUGGGUAACUUGUCCUGCCUAGAGAUUCUGAUCACGUCUGUCAUCAUUCCUAAGAUGCUGAGCAAUUUCCUCUCGAAACAGCACACCAUUUCCUUUGCCGCGUGCAUUGCUCAGUUUUAUUUUUACUUCUUUCUUGGGGCCUCCGAGUUCCUACUGUUGGCGGUCAUGUCUGUGGAUCGCUACCUGGCCAUCUGCCGUCCUCUGCAUUACCCCUUGCUCAUGAGUGGAGCUGUGUGCUUUCGCGUCGCCCUGGCCUGCUGGGUAGGGGGACUCCUCCCUGUGCUCGGCCCCACGGUGGCGGUGGCCUUGCUUCCAUUUUGCAGACAGGGAGCUGUGGUGCAGCAUUUCUUCUGCGACAGUGGCCCCUUGCUUCACCUGGCGUGCGCCAACACCACGAAACUGGAGGAGGCCGACUUUGUUCUCGCCUUUCUGGUCAUUGUAUCCUCUCUCGCCAUCACCGCCGCGUCCUACGGCCGAAUAGUCCUGGCUGUCCUGCGGAUUCCUUCCGCUUCGGGCCGGCAGAAGGCCUUCUCCACCUGCAGCUCCCAUCUGAUGGUGGUCACCCUCUUCUAUGGCAGUGCGGUUUUUCUCUACGUGCGGCCGUCCCAGAGCGGCUCCGUGGACGCUAACUGGUCAGUGACUGUGAUAACCACGUUUGUGACGCCCCUGCUGAACCCGGUGAUCUAUGCCUUACGCAACGAUCGCGUCAAGGAAGCUUUGAAAGAUAUGUUCAGGAAAGUCAGAGUAGAGCUCUCUGAAAAUUCCUUCCUUUCAGAAAGUUUGAGGAAGAAGACAGUGAGCUGAGAUAAAGGGACUGAAUUCCGAAUCCCUGCACCCUCUCUGUCAAGGAGCCGCACAGAGCAUCAAAGACGCCCACUCUAAAGUUCCUUCUCAGGUAAAACUCUACCUUAUGCCCAGGAAUACCAGCGCACGCUAUUUUUAAUAUUUUAUUUUUAUUUUACUUAUGUGUCUGUGUGGGGGUAUGGGAUGUACACAUGAGAGAGCAGGAAUUAGAUUCUCUGGUGGGCAGACACAGCGAGGGGCUGUGCUAAGUAAUAAAGGUGGCCGACUCCCAAGACGGCUGGCUUCUUCCUUACCCUUCAGGCGCUCGGCUGACGGACUGUUACACAGCAGUUAUGGGCCAACUGGCUAUUCUGUCUUUCAUCUUUCUUCGAACUGAUCAGCCCAUUAGGGGAGGGACACUCUUUAGAGAUUUUAGAGACCCUAGCCCUGUAGAAGAGACUGGGUUUUUUGUUUGUUUUUGUGCUUUUUGCUCCUUGGGUGUCCUCUCUUUCGCAGAAGGUCUUUUUGUUUGUGCAUCUGCAGCAUGUGUGUGUUCCCAACCCUCGACAAACACCUUUCUUCACCUGACCCUGUCUGCUCCCAUUUUCAUAGCUGGGAUUUCUCCACUGCUGUGUGUCCCACUUGAGAGAUUUUUUUCCCUGCCCUUUAAUUCUUUAACUGGCAGAGAAAGUGAACCCGAUCAAGACCCGCAGAGGCCAUCGUGGGUGCUGGGAACCAAACUCGGAUUCUCUGGACGAGACCAUUGAGCCGUUUCUCCAGCCCAGCUCAUACUGUUUGAUAUAUCAAGAUCCAAUGGUGGUUUUGUCUCCCACCCAUCAGCACAAACCUGGAGGGUUUGCCCGUCUGUGAGCUUGUCUGGGUGUGGAAUCUGUUAAACACCCCUACGCAGACAUCUAGGAAUAUCUGUGUAUAUCCUCUACUCAGAAGUUAAAGACCAACUACACUUUCAAUAAAAGUUUCCAAAUAAUUGAUGUAAAGCAAUAAUAUUAGAAUUAUUAUUAUAUCAAAAAGAGGCCUGAGGAUGUAGCUUGAUUGGUAAAGGGCUUGGUUAGUAUGCAUGAAGUUCUGGGUUUGAACCCUAUCGCUUUGUAAACUAAAUGUGAUAAUGUGUCUUUAACCCUGAUACUUCGGAGGAAUCAGAAGUUCAAGGUUACUGGAAUAUAGAAGACGACCCCAUGAAUGAUGAUGGUGAUGAUGAUGAUGAUGAAUAAUGGCGGGAAAGAUGACUCAGCAGGUUAAAGCUUGCCCUGUUUCCAGGGGACCUGAGUUCAAAUCUCUAGUACGUAUGUAAAAAGCCAGCUUGCCUGCAGCGCCUACAGCUCCAGCUUUGGGAAGGAAGAGAGGUGGAUCCAGUCAGCCUAUGACAGUGGUGAGCUUCCAACCCAGUGAGAGAUCCUGUCCCACGGUAAUGAGAUAUGCAACAUGCCGCUUUGUUUACGCAUGGGAAUGCAUGUGCCACAUACACACACACACACACACAUACACACACAUACACACACAUACACACACAUACCACACACAUACACACA